AUGCAUCAACCAAUCCAGUUUCCAACGGCCGUUGUUUUUGAUCUAGAUUACACCUUAUGGCCCUUAUGGUGCGACACGCAUAUUGCAAUGCCUCUUAAACCAGUGUCGCGAUCCAAAGUCAUCGAUUCAGAAGGCAUGGAAAUCUCUUUCUACAAGGAUGUAGAGCAUAUAUUGUUGGAUUUGAAAGAAAAAAGCAUACCAAUUGUUGGAGCUAGUAGAACAGCGACUCCAAAAAUUGCUCAAAAAUUGUUAUCUUUACUACAGAUAGGAGAUAAACCGGCGAUAACUUACUUCGACUCGCUUCAAUGGGGCCAAGGAUCUAAGGUGAAUCAUAUUAAAAGAGCGGCUAAAGACUUAGGAUUAUCAAAGGAUAUGGAGAAGGGUGGAUUUAUAUUAUUUGAUGAUGAAUGGAGGAAUAGAGAUGUGGAAUCUAUAGGGUGCUAUUUUGCCUACGUCAGCGAUGAAAGAAAAGGUUUGACACACACAAUAUAUACUAAAGAAUUAGAUAAAUGGAGAAAAAGUCAUAACAAAGAUUACUUACAUAUAGGUAAUUCCUAA